CCUGACACACUAAAUGUUCCCCGGUUUCCGAAAUUCAAAAGGAGGAGACAGCUAAAGGCAAAAAACCUGGCAAUGACGAAGUGACUCCAAGUUCUCCCGAACUUGAUUGCCGUGGACCUCCUCCUAUGACGGGUCGACGUCUUAGGGCCUUUCUGUAUAAAAAGCAGCGCGAAAAACUUGAACUUUCAACAAAAGCCUUGUAUUGGUACAAUAGGGACUGCCAACGGCGUGGGCUUCCCACAUACAAGCUUGUGGAGACAUUGGGAUUGGAAGGUUGCGUUCUUAAACGCGGCCUUACGCGCCAUUUCAACUUCAACGCCCGACCGAAAGAUGAUCCUUGUGCUCCUCUAGAGCUCUUUUUUGGUGAAAGGGUGGUCAGUUGGGAGGGAUUGUUGGAAACGCGUUGCUACAAGAUGGGGACCAAGUCUCCUGAACCUGAUGUUGGACGUAAAGCAUGCAAACUUUGCCGGGAGAUUUGUCACCCAAGGGGCGAGAAAUAUUAUGGGUCCGUUGUUGGUUGACCACCUACUGUGAGCCAGCCCUCUGUCGAGAUACCUUUGUUGGUAUUCUAAAGAGACUCUUGGUGUGGUCUGGAGUGCGCAUGGCCCAAGCGUAAUUAUCUAAAACUUCUCGACUGGGCUGGGCUCACAAUCAAAGAAAAAGCAUGAGGAACU